AUGGCACAAGUUCCAAUACCUUUGAAAACAUUAUCGAAUUCGUCGUCGUCGUCGUCGUCGUCGUCACCGCCGCCUCCGCUUCCACCCCCGCAAUCCGUUAGAAGAUCCCCGAUGAUAUGCCCGUUGGCAAAACUCGGUAGAUCUUCUCCGACGACAAUGGAAAAUCUAAGAAAUUACAGAUCCCCGUCGGCGGAUAUCGGUUACAGGAGAAGUCCUUUGGAUCCCUCCGUGUAUUCUUAUCUGAGAGGAAUUCCUAGUCCGUUAGAACCUUCCAUAUACGUAAAUCAAUCCCCGUUGAGAGAAUCUCAUUGUUACCGCACCGCGAGUUCACCGAGAAGUAACGAAGAAAAUGAAAAUUAUAAAAAUCGUAAAAAUCAAAGGAAUGUUAUUAAUAAUACGAACAUUAGCGAAACUAGUUUUCAAAAUUAUCAUACGGAUAAUAAUGAUAAUUAUUACGGUAAUAAAAAUUCAUCAAAUAAUUAUCAUCCGUUGAUGAAAGGAUCGUCGUCAUCGUCGGGACCGGAAAGUAGAAACGGGGAAAGUAGUAGUCAAUCUUUGCCGCAAUCGUCGUAUAGGCCUCCGUCGGUCGUAGUGGAUCCCGCGAACGUAUAUCACCAAAGGAUGAUGAUGAGAACGACGAAAACGUCAAACAAUGAUAAGGUGUUGUCGAGAGAUGCGAGAGUUGUGGGAUCUCACAACAACGUGGAUCCUUCCUAUUACCUACAGUUGUUAGCCAAUCAAAAGAAACACGAUAUUAUGCGAAGUUCACCGCUGAGAAGAAUAUCAUCGCCCACGAUCGAUCAUUCUUCUUUGCUUUAUCAGCAGACCACCGACCUCGAUGCAAGUUACAAAAUGGGUAGAACGAGUCCUUCUCUCGAUCAAGGCUACCACACUCUCGUAUCACCGAGUCCAGGUCCGUCAACUCCGGGUCCUUGGGCCGAUUAUAAUAAUCCGCUUUCCGUUGUUUCGAUGACGGCAACGGCGACGACGCCUACGGUGAAGAUGACGUCAUCGUCGGGAAAGGGUAAAAAACUUUCUAGCAAAUGUUUUUCAUAUCCGUCCAAUUUCGAUAGACUCCCGGAUGAAUCUGUGAUAAAAAUAUUUUCAUGGUUGGAUUCUAGUGAUUUGUGCAUAUGCGCAAGAGUUUGCAAAAGAUGGAAAUCCCUAGUUUGGGAACCGCAAUUGUGGAAAAUAAUUAAAUUAUCCGGUGAAAAUGUGUCCGGUGAUAACGCGGUGAGAAGUGUUUUGAGAAGGUUAUGCGGUCAAAAUACGACAGGAGCGUGUCCAACGGUUGAAAAAGUACUUUUAAGCGACGGUGCCAGAAUAACCGAUAAAGGCCUUAUGCAGUUAUCCAGAAGGUGUUGCUCUAAAAUAUCGUGUUUAACCGUCACGCCAGGUCCGGAACCUCCGAGAUUACUUUUACAGUACCUGGAUUUAACAGAUUGUUCGGCUAUCGACGAUAGCGGAUUGAAAAUAAUUGUCCGUAACUGUCCUCAGCUAGUCUAUUUAUAUUUAAGGCGAUGUGUUCAAAUUACCGAUACGGGAAUAAAAUACGUUCCAAGUUUUUGCGGAAUGUUAAGAGAGCUUUCGGUGAGCGAUUGUAAUCGUGUGACGGAUUUCGCAUUACACGAAUUAGCAAAAUUAGGAGCGACGCUUCGUUAUUUAUCAGUUGCCAAAUGCGACAGAGUCAGCGACGUGGGAUUAAAAGUCAUCGCGAGACGUUGUUACAAAUUAAGAUAUUUAAACGCAAGAGGAUGCGAAGCCGUUUCCGAUGAUGCGAUAACCGUUUUAGCGAGAUCGUGUCCGAGACUUCGAGCUCUCGAUAUAGGUAAAUGCGAUGUGAGCGAUGCGGGACUUCGAGCUCUCGCAGAAUGUUGUCAAAAUUUAAAAAAAUUAAGUUUGAGAAAUUGCGAUUUGGUGACGGAUCGAGGAGUUCAAUGCAUCGCUUAUUACUGUCGCGGACUCCAACAGUUAAACAUACAAGAUUGUCAAAUAUCUAUAGAAGGUUAUAGAGCCGUUAAAAAAUAUUGUAAAAGAUGCGUCAUAGAACAUACGAAUCCUGGAUUUUUUUAA